UGAUAUGUAACAUAUUUUGGGUUUACAUUUUUACCCAAAUUUAAAGCGAUACGUUAGGGUUUAGACACAAAGCAGCACUCGUUUCCUUCAAGCUCCCGAAAAUGGCAGACAACGGAGUGCUGCCGGUCGACAAGCUAACAAUUUCCGAAACCGUCAAAGAAGCCGAGUUCUCACAGCGUGUACUGGUUCGAUCGAUUUUGGGCCGUCCUGACGGCGGCGCUGGACUUGCUGGGCAGACCUUAAAGGUAGGCGGCUGGGUGAAGAAAGGGCGAGAACAAGGCAAAGGUUCAUUUGCCUUCCUUGAACUUAACGAUGGAUCAUGUACGGCGAACCUCCAGCUUAUAAUAUACUCCGAUGUGGCGCCGCUAGGCCAGUUUACUCCGACCGGUACUAGCCUGCACGUGGAAGGUGUGCUUCAGAUGCCUCCUGCAGAUAAACAAGGGAAACAGUCGAUUGAACUAAAGGUUUCAAAGGUUCUAGAUGUUGGAGCUGCUGAUCCCGCGAAGUAUCCAUUGCCCAAAACGCGAUUGACACUUGAAUUUCUUAGGGAUUACGUUCAUCUCCGACCGAGAACCAAUACUAUUUCUGCUAUUGCCCGAAUUCGUAACGCACUAGCUUAUGCAACUCACACGUUCUUCCAAAAGCAUGGAUUUCUCUAUGUCCAUACUCCAAUCAUCACCACUAGUGAUUGUGAAGGCGCUGGAGAGAUGUUUCAGGUCACAACUUUAAUAAACGAUUCAGAAAAACUUGAAAAGGAACUCCUUAAGAAUCCCCCUCCAUCCCAAGAAGAUGUAGAUGCAGCCAGGGCUGCUGUCAAGGAAAAAGGUGGAAUAGUUGCCAAAUUGAAGUCUGAUAAAGCUGAUAAAUCUGCAAUAACAGUUGCAGUUGCUGAACUUACUAAAGCUAAAGAAACUCUUUCGAAGAUUGAAGAGAGAUUCAACCAGAAACCUGGUAUCCCAAAGAAAGAUGGGAAGGUUGACUAUAGUCAAGAUUUCUUUGCACGCCAAGCCUUUUUAACUGUUUCUGGACAACUUCAAGUUGAGACCUUUGCUUGUGCCCUCAGCAGUGUUUACACUUUUGGCCCAACUUUUCGUGCUGAACAUUCUCAUACUUCAAGACAUCUUGCAGAAUUCUGGAUGGUUGAACCAGAAAUAGCAUUUGCUGAUAUUGAGGAUGAUAUGAAGUGUGCAGAGGCAUAUGUUAGGUUUAUGUGCCAAUGGUUACUCGACAACUGUCUUGAUGACAUGGAAUUUAUAGCUGAAAAGUUUGACGAACACGCCAUUAAUCGUCUAAAAAUGGUUGCUUCUACCAAUUUUGUACGCCUUACCUACACAGAAGCAGUGACCAUUCUUGAAGAAGCUGUUUCUAAAGGCCACCAAUUUGAGAACAAAGUAGAAUGGGGAAUUGAUUUAGCAUCUGAGCAUGAAAAAUACCUAACAGAGACAAAAUUCGAGUCCCCUGUGAUUGUAUACAACUACCCAAAAGGGAUCAAAGCAUUUUACAUGAAAGUUAACCCUGAUAACAAAACAGUAGCUGCCAUGGAUGUUCUUGUCCCAAAGGUUGGUGAACUAAUUGGAGGAAGUCAAAGAGAAGAGAAUUACGAGGUCAUCAAAGAAAGGAUUCUUGAAAUGGGGCUUCCACUUGAGCCAUAUGAGUGGUACCUUGACUUGAGGCGCUAUGGAACUGUGAAGCACAGUGGAUUUGGAUUAGGGUUUGAGAGGAUGAUUUUGUUUGCAACUGGAAUUGAUAAUAUUAGGGAUGUAAUCCCAUUUCCAAGGUUUCCAGGAAGAGCAGAUCUUUGAGGUACUUCUAAAGAUACAUAAACAUAUAUCAAGAUCAUUCCUUUUGUUUUAUAUUUAUUAGCAAGUAAGUUUUACUUUUAAAAAAGUUUGUGAAACCGAUUUGGAUACAUUACUUUGUAAGAUUUUGUUGCCACUUGCUGCUUUAUUUUACUGUUGGUGAUGUUAUAGACUUUUAUUUUAUUUUA